AUGCGGCUGUUGAAUUCCAAUUGUGUUGCCGCUACAGCAACAAGAUGGACAUUCCAGUGCAGCAUGGCGGAACUCCAGUCUUCAAUGUUCUACAUACCAGCCAGACCUCCCCAAGUCCACGCUUGGGUCGCCCCAGUCACCCAACGAGAUAUUGCAGUCAACAGAAGAUUUGCGACGAAGGAGUACGUGCCCAAUUCUAUGCAUCUUUGA